CUUUUACAACUUCACAGUAGAGACCAAAAAAAAAAUGGCAGGAGGAGUAGUUUUAGUCUCGUCAAGCAUGGUUCAACCCGUUAACAGCAACCAAUCCGGUCGAACUAAGAUCCAUCUUACUCCAUUUGAUCUCAGCCUUCUUCAGUUCGAUUAUCCUCAAAGAGGUCUUCUCUUUCCCAAACCUGAUCCAGAUUUCAACCUUAUCUCUAGGCUAAAGACCUCACUCUCUCUCGCCUUAGAUAUCUACUUCCCUUUCGCCGGCCGUCUCGUCAAAACAGAGAAUCUUGAAGACGAUACAGCCUCUUUUUACAUAGACUGUGAUGGCUCUGGCGCUAGAUUCCUCCACGCAGAAGCUAACUCUGUCUCGGUGAGUGAUCUUCUUCAGCCUGAUGGUUCUGUUCCCGAUUUCGCCAAGCAUUUCUUUCCCGCAGACGAUUUCAAGAGCUGUGAUGGUGUCACCGUGCCCUUGCUUGUUGUACAAGUUACUGAGAUGAAGGAUGGAGUGUUCAUCAGUUACUGUUACAACCACGUGGUGGCAGACGGUGUCUCUAUGUGGGAUUUCUUGCAUACUUGGUCCAAGAUUUGCUCGACUGGUUCAGGUUUCAAUCCUAAGCCUCUUGUUCUCAAAGGAUGGUUCCUCGAGGGGAUUGAUUACCCGAUCCAUAUUCCGGUAUCAGAGACGGAGAGGCCACCACCGAGCCGUGAACUUUCUUCAGUGCCCACUACGAAAGAGUGGAUUUUUCACUUCACAAAGGAAAACAUUUCAAAUCUCAAAUCUAAAGCCAACAGCGAGGUUGCCUCCAAUGACCAGGGGAUUUCAUCUCUUCAAGCGGUUUCUGCACAUAUGUGGCGAUCAAUCAUCAGACACAGUGGUGUGAGCCGAGAGCAAAAGACGCAUUGCAAAUUAGUGGUGGACGUGAGGCAGAGGGUAAAUCCUCCGCUUGAGAAAGAUUGUUUUGGGAACAUGGUCUAUCUUGCACCAGCCACAACCACCGUGGAAGAGCUGCUGGACCGUGGCUUGGGUUGGGCUGCUCUGAAAAUAAGAAACUUAGUGAGCUCGCAAACGAGUGAAAACUGUAAGUUUUUUGCAGAGGAAUGGGUUAGAAAUGUUAAUAACCUAAGAGCAGGCAUUGGCAGUAAAGUAGAUGGUGGAACUAUAGUUAUCGCAAGCUCUCCUCGUUUCGAAGUGUACAACAAGGAUUUCGGUUGGGGAAAACCUAUUGCAAUUCGAGCUGGACCUUCGAAUAGUAUCAGUGGCAAGCUUACACUUUUUCAGGGAAUCAGUGAAGGAAGUAUUGAUGUUCAAGCAAACCUAUGGUCUGAUGUAAUAGUGAAAUUACUAGCCGAUGUGGAAUUUUUAGAGCAUGUAACUGUUGCAUGAUUUGAAUUGGUUGAGAAUAAAACUAAUAACAAGGACAUUGUCUUGUGGUUGCUAGUGUCGAUCUCUUUUCUUUUUGAG